UCCCUCCAUCUCCAGCUCCACAAAGGUUUCGCGAGAUUUGCUGUGUGGUUGAGGUGUGUAGCAACAUUAGUGUGACAGAAGAACCGAAGCAUACUGAUAUGAAAUCUACGUAGAGGUGAGACAGACAUGAAGUCCACACAGCGGGGAUGUAUGGUCGUUAGCGUCCAUUCCUGUCAGUAUUUUUUAGCUGUGGAACUUUUGAGGGGCGGGUGUAGCCUUUUUUAGCCGCCCCCUCUUGCUUCUGGAACGUCUGCAUUAAGUAGCGUUUACAUUUCUGGAGGCAUGUCAAAGAAAAGAGGCAGAAAGCGAAGCAGCGGGGAACUGAGUGACACACUAACCCCCGACCCCAACUGCAUCCUGGGACUUCGCAUUCAGCACAACUGGCGUGAAAAGGGUAACCAGAGCAAAUGGAAGGGCACCGUGCUGGACAGGCUCAGCGUGAACCCGUCGCUCUUCAUGGUCAAGUACGACGGAUUUGACUGCGUCUACGGCAUCGAGCUCUUCAAGGACGAGCGAGUGUCCAACCUGCAGGUCCUCUCUGAAAGCGUUGUAAACAACAGGAUCAAGAUACCUCCUGGGGCUGAGGAGCUGGUGGGAAAAGCUGUGGAGCAUCUUUUUGAAAAGGAGGAUGGAGAGAAGAAUGAGUGGAGGGGCAUGGUCCUCUCCAGAGCUCCCGUCAUGACCAACUGGUAUUACAUCACCUAUGAAAAGGACCCAGUACUUUAUAUGUACCAACUGUGGGACGACUAUGCUGAUGGAGACCUCAGAAUUUUGCCUGAAGCAGAAAACAAGCAUCUGUUGCCUGCUGACAGGAAGCCGGGAGAAGAGACGGAGAGCCUAGUAGGCAAACAGGUGGAGUAUGUCACCGACAAAGGCGUGAAGAGGACAGGCCUGGUCAUCUACCAAGUCCCGGCCAAGCCCUCGGUCUACUACAUCAAAUACGAUGAUGACUUUCACAUCCAUGUCUAUGACCUGGUCAAAACCACCUAGAGGAGAGACCCCCCCGCCCCAUCCUUUUUGUUAUUUAAAGCCAUAAGUAAUUCAUGCUUGCGUGCAAUCUUUGUUUGCUUUUUCUUUGUAUGUUUGCACAGCACAACUGUAGCGUUCGCUGUAUUCUAUGUACGGCAUUGGUGGAGCGCAUACUUGCUGUAUUGUUGCUGCAGAUUGGAAGCUCACCAAACAGCCUUCCCCGGAAAGCCUGGAUAAAGACGGCCUCAAAAGGGUACUGACUAUGCAGGAGCAUAGUCCAGGUUUUAAGUGACGACCAAAAGAAUUGCACAGACAGGUUACCUAGCUAACAAGCAUGGCAAGUCACAAUAGACACAGAUAACCCUCCAUUGAGUGGUUUAAUACCAAGUUAAACCCAUUAUUUACAGAAUAACAUCUAAUUAUUAAAGUGGAAUUCCAGACAAGUGCUUUACAAGACAUUAAAAAGUAAAGUGCCAUUGUCAGAGGGCAUCUGCUCCUUUAACCUUUUAACACAAGCUCCUAGGAAGAACAGCACAUGUGGCCUAGUGGUUAACAUGUUGGCCACACAGACCUGGGUUCGAAUCUCCAUUUUGGCAUAUCUGUGUGGAGUGUGCAUGUUCUGCCCAUGUGUGGGUUUUCUCCGGGUACUCCGCUUCCCUCCCACAUUCCAAAAAUAUGCAUGUUAGGUUAAUUGGAGAUUCUAAAUUGUCCAUAGGUAUGAGUGGUUGAGUGUCUGUAUGAGCCCUGCAAUUGGCUAACUACCAGUCCAGGGUGCACCCCGCCUCUCGCCCAAACUCAGCUGGGAUAGGCUCCAGCAUAACCCUGUGACCCUAGUGAGGAUAAGCGGUAUGGGAGAUGGAUGAAUUGGUUUGCUGAUCAAGUUGCCACAUGCUUGCGUCCCAAUGACACUAGACGCCACACACAAAAAAAUCAAAGUGCCUUCAGGCCUGUCAUUUUUUGCAAUAUUGUACAUAUCUUUAAAAUAAUCAUUAUGGCAUAUGGAGGCUUCUAUUUGUGUUGCGUUCAAGUGUCUUCUUAAUAAUAGGCUGCAGACAAAUUUGUAAUGGUCGGUGUGCCCUCGUGUUGUGGUUUUGCCUCUAAAUGCAGUAUGUUCUUUAAACCAAUACAAUGGUUGUGUAAUUUCCGUUGUUAUAACCAGGAGCACUUUAUUGUACAACGUUUACAUGUUUAGAUUCGUAGAUAUCCCCUCUUCAAAAUGAUGUGCCCAAAUAUGCUUCAUUAUAUAGGCAUGAUGGUAAAAAAAACAAAAAAAACCCAUACUGUAGCACUUUCAGUAUUUGAUCCCUACAAAUUGUGUAAAUUAUUUUAAGCCGCCUGUUGUGAUUAUUCUCAUGUGAAUAUGUCAUCCAAAUAAUAAACAGGCUGUGUAGCCCACACCAA